AUGGACGAGUCUUUUCCUGUUGACCACAACAAUCAAGCCAUUAGAAAUCCCGACAAUGGCAAGUUUGGAGAAAAACAAGAACCCGAAACAUUCGAUUAUCCCUCCGGUCUAAAAUUGGCUUUCAUCUUCGUGGCUCUCUGCUUGACAGUUUUCUUGGUAGCCUUGGACCAAACGAUUAUAGCCACCGCCAUCCCAACCAUCACCUCCCAAUUCCACAGCGUGGAAGAUAUUGGAUGGUACGGCAGCGCUUUCCUCCUCACUACAUGCAGCUUCCAACUCUUUUUCGGAAAACUUUAUACUCUAUUGCCCAUCAAAUGGGUCUACGUUGGUGCAGUUGUAGCUUUUGAAAUCGGAUCUGCUAUCUGCGGUGCUAGUCCUAACUCCGUCGCCCUGAUCAUCGGGCGAGCUGUGGCCGGUAUUGGCGGCGCGGGCAUAUUCUCCGGAGCAUUGAUAAUUAUCGCCAAGUCAGUACCUCUUGCGAAGAGACCGGCUUUUACAGGAGUUAUUGGGGCUGUUUGGGGUAUAGCGAGUGUUGUUGGUCCCUUGUUGGGAGGCGCUUUUACAACUCAUGUCUCCUGGCGCUGGUGCUUCUAUGUCAAUCUCCCCGUCGGCGCUGCAGCCAUCCCGCUCAUAAUUCUUUUCCUUCCUUCACAAGGACAGCGCCCUCAGACACAAAAGGGUUUAUGGGCUACAUUAAGCCAAUUCGAUCCCAUCGGCACGAUUCUCUUCGUGGGAAGCAUUAUUUGUCUUCUCAUCGCGCUUCAAUGGGGAGGGAGCGAAUACCCAUGGAGCGACGGUCGCAUGAUUGCCUUGUUGACUGUAUUCGGAGUACUUAUUAUCGCUUGGGCUGUAGCUCAAUGGCGAAUGGGUGAUAAUGCCACAGUACCACUUCGAAUUUUGCGACAGCGUUCCGUUGCAUUUUCAACGUUCUAUAUCUUUUUUGGAAGCGCAUCAUUUAUUCUGCUGAUUUAUUAUUUGCCAAUCUGGUUCCAAGCAGUCAAAAGUGACUCUGCAAAUCAAUCGGGAAUUCAUAGUUUACCAACGGUGCUUAGCGUCGUGGUAUUUGCCAUCGCGGGUGGAAUAAGUGUCACUGUCGUGGGAUACUACACGCCCUUCAUGAUAGCAGGAUCGGUGAUCAUGGCUAUCGGUGCAGGUUUACUUCUCCUGUUCAGAAUACACACCUCCCUCGCUAUGUGGCUGGGAUUCCAAAUUGUCUUCGGCGCGGGCGCUGGUAUUGGACUUGAGCUCCCAAACAUCGCCGUCCAGACAGUUCUCUCUGAGAAAGAUGUCUCCAUCGGGACAUCCUUGGUGGUAUUCGCCCGCUCUCUCGGGGGCGCCAUAUUUGUCUCAGUAGGACAAAAUAUUUUCAGCAACCGCAUUGUCUCUGGUAUGGCUGCCAGGGUGCCGGAGAUAGAUCCAUCGGUUAUUCUCCAGACGGGAGCAACGGAGUUACAACAGACAGUGAGGCAAUCUGGCAUAAGCGAUGCUGAGGGGGUAUUAGCUGUGAUUCUGGAGAUUUACAAUGAUGCCAUCAUCCAGACUUUUGUGCUCGCAUUGACCUUGGCUUGUGUUUCGAUUCCGGGUGCAAUUGGCGUUGAAUGGCGAACAGUGAAGCGCCCUUCAAAGGGAGACAGUGUUGAGCAGGGCGUUCAAGCUGGAAGCGAGUAA